CUGAGGGAAGGAAGUUGGCUUCGGAGCGGCCUAGGCGGUAAGGGCAAGGCCGCGCGGGCGGCAGCGUGGGCUGCUUGGACGAACGAAGGGCGGCACGAUGGGAGACGAGAUGGAUGCCAUGAUCCCGGAGCGGGAGAUGAAGGAUUUCCAGUUUAGGGCAUUGAAGAAAGUGAGAAUCUUUGAUUCCCCUGAGGAGUUGCCCAAAGAACGCUCGAGUCUGCUUGCCAUCUCCAACAAGUAUGGUCUCGUCUUUGCUGGUGGAGCCAAUGGGUUGCAGAUUUUUUCAACCAAAAAUCUUCUUAUUCAAAACAAACCUGGAGACGAUCCCAAUAAAAUAGUUGAUAAAGUCCAAAGCUUGCUAGUGCCUAUGAAAUUCCCCAUACAUCAUCUGGCCCUGAGCUGUGACAACCUCACACUCUCUGUGUGUAUGAUGUCUAGUGAAUACGGUUCCAUCAUUGCUUUUUUUGAUGUCCGCACCUUCUCAAAUGAGUCUAAGCCGCAGAAACGCCCAUUUGCCUAUCAUAAGCUUUUGAAAGAUGCUGGAGGCAUGGUGAUUGAUAUGAAGUGGAACCCCACCGUACCCUCCAUGGUGGCAGUUUGUCUGGCUGAUGGCAGUAUCGCUGUCCUACAAGUCACAGACAUGGUGAAAGUGUGUGCAACUCUCCCUUCCACAGUUGCAGUAACGUCUGUGUGUUGGAGCCCCAAAGGGAAGCAGCUUGCAGUGGGAAAACAGAACGGAACUGUGGUGCAGUAUCUUCCUACCUUGCAAGAAAAAAAAGUUAUUCCUUGUCCUCCGUUUUAUGAGUCAGAUCAUCCUGUCAGAGUUCUGGAUGUGCUGUGGAUUGGUACAUAUGUCUUCACAAUCGUGUAUGCUGCUGCAGAUGGGACCCUGGAAACGUCCCCAGAUGUGGUGAUGGCUCUUCUACCGAAGAAGGAAGAGAAGCACCCUGAGAUCUUCGUGAACUUCAUGGAGCCGUGCUAUGGCAGCUGCACGGAGAGGCAGCACCAUUACUACCUCAGCUACGUAGAGGAGUGGGAUUUAGUGCUGGCAGCAUCUGCAGCCUCAACUGAAGUUAGCAUCCUCGCUCGACAAAGUGAUCAGAUUAAUUGGGAGUCUUGGCUCCUGGAGGAUUCUAGUCGAGCAGAACUGCCUGUGACAGACAAGAGUGAUGACUCCUUGCCCAUGGGAGUUGCCAUUGAUUACACUAACCAAGUGGAAGUUGCCCUCAAUGACGAGAAGACUCUUCCUCCUGCUCCAGUUCUCAUGUUACUUUCAACAGAUGGUGUGCUUUGUCCAUUUUAUAUGAUCAAUCAGAAUCCUGGGGUUAGGUCUCUCAUCAAGGCACCAGAGCGGCUCUCAUUAGAAGGAGAGCGACAGCCCAAGUCAUCAGGAAGUACUCCCACUACCCCAACCUCCUCUCAAGCCCCACAAAAACCAGAUGCUUCAGCAGCUGUAGCCCCAGCCUCUCUUCCGUCUUCAUCACCUGCUGCGCCCAUCUCCGCCUUCCCUUUGCCUCCUGCUGGUGGUGCCCCUGCUGUGUUCUCCUUUGGGUCUUCAUCCUUGAAGUCAUCUGCUUCUGUCACUGGGGAGCCCCCUCCAUAUUCUAGUGGCUCUGACAGUUCCAAAGUAUCCCUGGGCUCUGGUGCUUCUACCUUCACUUUUGCUUCCCCUUCUAAAGCCUCCCUAGCCUCCACCCCUGCAGUGUCUCCCAUGGCUCCAUCAGCUGCCUUCUCCUUUGGAUCAUCGAGUUUCAAGCCUACCCUGGAAAGCACUCCAUUACCAAGUGCAUCUGCGGCAAAUCUAGGAAUGAAGCUCUCCUUUCCACCCUCAGCCCCUGCAGUGAAGGUCAACCUUGGUGAAAAGUUCACUGCUGUGGCCACCUCUGCUCCUGGGAACAGCUCCCAGAGCACACCCUCCAUGCUGCCCUUCUCUUCCACCUCCAAGCCAGCUGCCUCGGGGCCACUCAGCCACCCCAUGCCCCUCUCGGCAUCAUCUGGUUCCUUGCCGUUGAAGUCUUCAGUUUCUACCUCACCAUCAGGGCGAUCUGCUCAGGGGAGUCCAAGCCCAGUGCCCUCAAUGGUCCAGAAGUCACCUAGGAUAACUCCUCCAGUGACAAAAUCAAGCUCUCCUCAGGCGAAGUCACUUCAGCCUCCUGUUUCAGAAAAGCAAGGACAUCAAUGGAAGGAUUCGGAUCCUGUGAUGGCUGGGAUUGGGGAGGAGAUUGCACACUUUCAGAAGGAGCUGGAGGAGCUUAAAGCACGCACUUCCAAAGCCUGUUUCCAAGUGGGUACUUCCGAGGAGUUGAAGACGCUGCGGACAGAGUCAGAUGACCUACACACCUUUCUUUUGGAGAUUAAAGAGACCACUGAGUCUCUUCAUGGGGAUAUAAGUACCCUGAAAACAACUUUGCUUGAGGGCUUUGCUGGUGUUGAAGAAGCCAGAGAACAAAAUGAAAGAAAUCGAGACUCUGGAUAUCUCCAUUUACUGUAUAAGAGACCCCUGGAUCCCAAGAGUGAAGCUCAGCUCCAGGAAAUUCGGCGCCUCCACCAAUAUGUGAAAUUUGCUGUUCAAGAUGUGAAUGAUGUCCUGGACUUGGAGUGGGAUCGACAUCUGGAACAGAAAAAAAAACAAAAGCGCUUGCUUGUGCCAGAGCGAGAGACACUGUUUAACACUCUUGCCAACAAUCGAGAGAUCAUCAACCAGCAGAGGAAGAGGUUGAACCACCUGGUGGACACCCUCCAGCAGCUCCGUCUGUACAAUCACACUUCCCAGUGGAGCCUUCCCACCUCCAUUCCUUCCCAGAGCAGCACUCACAGUUUUGACAGCGACCUGGAAAGCCUGCGCAAUGCUUUGUUGAAAACCACCAUAGAAUCUCAUGCCAAACCCUUACCCAAAGUACCAGCUAAACUGUCCCCUGUGAAACUGGCACAACUGAGAAACUUCUUGGCCAAGAGGAAGACCCCACCUGUGAGGUCCACUGCUCCAGCCAGCCUGUCUCGGUCAGCCUUCCUAUCUCAGAGAUACUAUGAAGACUUGGAUGAAGUCAGUUCGACCUCUUCCAUCUCCCAGUCUCUGGAGAGUGAAGAUGCCCGGGCGUCCUGUAAGGAGGAGGAGGCAGUGGUCCAGGUCCCUCGGCAUGCCCCUGUGGUUCGCACUCCCUCCAUCCAGCCCAGUCUCCUGCCCCAGGCGAUGCCUCUUGCUAAAUCUCAGCUGAUUCAAGGCCCUUCUCCUGGUGUGAUGGGAACGUCAAUGUCUACAUCUGCUAGCAAAAUGAUCCCUCAAGGGGCUGAUAGCACAAUGCUUGCCACAAAGACGGUGAAGCAUGGCGCACCCAGCCCCUCCCACCCCAUCUCGGCUCCCCAGGCAGCUGCUGCCGCGGCGCUGAGACGGCAGAUGGCCAGUCAGGUGCCAGCUGUAAGUACUUUGACUGAAUCGACUUUGAAGACUGUCCCUCAAGUGGUAAAUGUGCAGGAAUUGAAGAGUAAUCCUUCAGCUCCUUCUGCUACGAUGGGUUCUUCAGUGCCGUACUCUGCAGCUAAAACACCUCACCCCGCGUUGACGCCUGUGGCUGCCAACCAAGCCAAGCAGGGGUCUCUAAUAAAUUCACUAAAGCCGUCGGGGCCCUCACCAGCAUCCAGUCAGUUGUCCUCUGGUGACAAAGCUUCAGGGCUGGGGUCAGCCAGGUUGGAGACCACUGUGACUUCCACCCCGUCUGCUGUUGGGCACUUCAACAAGCCUUUCUCGUUUUCUCCAUCGGGGACUGGCUUUAAUUUUGGGGUAAUCACACCAACACCAUCUUCUAACUUCACCACUGCACAAGGGGCAGCACUACCUACUAAAGAGUCCAGCCAACUCGACACGUUCUCAUUUGGCGGGGGAGGCAAACCUUUCUAUGAGCCCGUUCCCGAAAGCUCUCCUCCCUCAGGAAUCGCAUCGGCAGCCAACACCGCAUGCACCACCGUCGCUCCUCCAGGAGAGCCUGCUCCGUCUGGCAGCAGACCUGUGGCACCUUCUGGCAACGCUCUUUCCACCACCUCGAGCAAGCUGGAGGCUCCACCGUCCAAGUUGGGAGAGUUCCUCUUUCCAAGUUCUUUAGCUGGAGAGACGCUAGGAAGUUUUUCAGGACUGCGGGUUGGCCAGGCGGACGACUCCACAAAGCCAGCCAGUAAGGCUUCGCCCACAAGCCUCAGCAGUGCCCAACCAAUCAAGACUUCGAGCAUGCCCUCAGGCUUUAGUUUUCCUGGCCCUCAGGUGCCAGGAAAGCAUUCGGAGCCCCCCGUGACCUCCUCCGUGGUUGCCACCACGGUAGCACUACCAGCAGCCACCAGCACAAGCACUGGCAGCUCCUCGGCUAGUGUUUUUGGCACUCUGCCACUCACCAGCACGGGCUCCUCUGGGGUGAUGAGUUUUGGUGGGGCAUCUCUAAGCACUAGCAAGACUAGCUUUUCAUUUGCAAGCCAGCAGACCAGUCCAGCGCCCCCAUCUGCCCCACCAUCAUCUACAACUGCCUCUCCCCUUCCAGCAUCGUUCCCCACAUUGUCAUUUGGUGGCCUCCUGAGUUCACCUCCUGCUUCCUCCCUGCCUGUGUCCUCUGGCAAAAGCACAGAGGAAGCCACAUCAUCUGCGUCACCUGAGAAGCCAGGCAGCAGUGAGGUCCCAUCACCAGCGUCAUUGUUUUUAGGGCAGCCGCAGGCGGCCCAGCUUCCCCAGGCGACUCUGCAGACUCCUGACUCUGUUAAGAAAGAACCUGUUCUUGCCCAGCCUGCAGGCAGCAGCCCUGGCACUGCAGCAUCUAGUCCCAGUCUUCUAGCACCUUCCACUGAGGCCACUCAGGCAGACAUCAAGACAGAGGCAGUGUCUUCUUCCACCUUUUCCGUGCCUGGGCAGCCUGCCGUUACAGCAGCUCCAAUCACAAGUGCAGGCCCUGUGGCCAUCGAAGCAUCAAGUGCCCCCACAACCUCCAGCGCAGCUUCCAGUGUUGCUCCAGGCCCAGCCGCAGAGACGGCCAUGUUUGGGACUAUCACUUCUGGCUCAUCAGUCUUUACUCAGCCACCUGCUGCCAGUUCUAGCUCAGCUUUCAGUCAGCUCACCAACACAGCCACUGCCCCCUCCACUGCCCCUGUGUUUGGGCAGGUGGCAGCCAGCACUGCUCCAAGCCUGUUUGGGCAGCAGACAGGCAGUGUAGCUAGCACGGCAUCUGCCACGCCGCAGGCCAGCAGUUCAGGGUUUGGCAGUCCGGCUUUUGGCACCUCUACCCCAGGGGUCUUUGGACAGACUGCCUUUGGUCAAGCUCCAGCCUUUGGGCAGUCAACAAGCAGCCCCACAAGUGGCUUCUCCUUCAGUCAGCCUGGGUUCAGUUCUGUGCCUGCUUUUGGUCAGUCUGUCUCAUCCACCCCCACAUCCACCAGUGGGAAUGUGUUUGGUGCCUCCUCGAGUACCAGUAGCUCCGGUUCCUUCUCGUUUGGACAGUCUUCUGCCAGCACUGGAGGCCUGUUCGGCCAGAGCAACCCUCCUGCUUUUGGUCAGAGUCCUGGCUUUGGGCAGGGAGGCUCUGUGUUUGGAGGGACCUCAGCCGCUACCACAACAGCAGCAUCCUCUGGUUUUAGCUUCUGUCAAGCUUCAGGUUUUGGGUCCAGUAAUACUGGUUCUGUGUUUGGUCAGGCAGCCAGUACUGGUGGAGCAGUCUUCGGCCAGCAGUCAUCCUCUUCCAGUAGUAGCGUGUUUGGGUCUGGAAGCACUGCAAGAGGGGGAGGUUUCUUCAGUGGCCUCGGAGGGAAACCCAGCCAGGAUGCAGCCAACAAAAACCCAUUCAGCUCAGCCAGCGGGGGCUUCGGAUCUACAGCCACCCCAAAUACCUCCAGCCUGUUCGGGAACAGUGGGGCCAAGACGUUUGGUGGCUUUGGCAGCUCAGCAUUUGGAGAGCAGAAGCCUGCUGGAACUUUCAGUGCUGGAGGAGGAAGUGUGGCGUCCCAAGGCUUCGGAUUUUCUACCCCCAAUAAAACAGGUGGCUUCGGUGCUGCUCCAGUGUUUGGCAGCCCUCCUACUUUUGGGGGGUCCCCUGGGUUUGGAGGGGUGCCAGCAUUCGGUUCAGCCCCAGCCUUUACAAGCCCUCUGGGCUCGACGGGAGGCAAAGUGUUCGGAGAGGGUACUGCAGCGGCCAGCGCAGGAGGAUUCGGGUUUGGCAGCAGCAGCAACACCACAUCCUUCGGCACCCUCGCCAGUCAGAACGCACCAACUUUUGGGUCACUGUCACAGCAGACGUCUGGUUUUGGGACCCAGAGCAGCGGAUUCUCUGGUUUCGGCUCAGGCACCGGAGGCUUCAGCUUUGGAUCAUCUAACUCGUCUGUCCAGGGGUUUGGUGGCUGGAGAAGCUGAGUGGUUGUUGGAGUUCGCUGCAGUCCUGUGACCUCUGCAUUUUCUGCUCCUCUUCCCCAAGAAACACUGGAGCAAGCUGGUAAAAUGGACGUUCUCACUGAAACACACCCCAGGAGAGAAACAGGAGAACCACGGCUCCAGAGACACCGAGUGCUUGUUUUGUUUUGUUACGUUUUGUGUGGGGUUCCCCUGCUAUUAAACUGUUCGGUCUUUUCCAAGCGUA